AUGCUAUCCAAGUCCCGAUUCUUCUUUACCAAGAACUCCAUUGUGUUGAAUACAUUGGCCCAGAAUAAGGGAUGUCGUUUGACCUUGAAUCAACUUCAAUGCAACACGCCAACUAAAAGUAUAUUCUCCACUAUCAGAUCUAGAUUUAUCCCUGGAUUGAAAACCACCAAACGUCCGUUUGGAACCAGAUCUUACACAAUUGCAACUGCCGACGCAACUACAAUUUCCGAUAUUCCCAAGAUCAAAUUAUCCAUUCCUAAACCGGAAUCUCCAUCAACUUCCCCAAGAUCUGUCGGAUGGUGGUUGGUUGGAACUUCCGGGCUUGUGUUUGCCAUUGUCGUCAUUGGUGGACUCACUAGACUCACGGAAUCUGGUCUUUCCAUCACCGAAUGGAAACCAGUUACCGGUGCCCUCCCACCCAUGAAUCAAGAAGAAUGGCUCGCGGAAUUUGACAAGUACAAGGAAAGUCCCGAGUUUAAGCAAUUAAACUCCCAUAUUUCAUUAGAGCAAUUCAAGUUUAUCUAUAGCAUGGAAUGGGGACAUCGUCAAUUAGCUGUGUUUUUCUGGAAAUCAGGCAGAUUCACUCCACAUAUUACAAAGAGAGUUAUUGGACUUACUGGAUUAUUAGGCUUACAAGGUGCCAUUGGUUGGUGGAUGGUUAAGUCCGGAUUGGAUGAAGAACAAUUGGCUGAGCGUAACUCAAAACCUACUGUGUCACAAUACAGAUUGACCACCCAUUUAGGUGCCGCAUUUGCCAUGUAUCUUGGUGUCUUGUGGACUGCAUUCGAAAUCUUAAAUGAAAACAAGUAUAUCAAACAAGCCAAGACCACUCCUGAAGCAUUAAAGACCAUCUUGGAACAAUUGAAUAACCCCGUUGUCAAGAAAGCUAAAGUCAUUGGAAUUGCAUUACUUGUAUUGACUUAUGUUACCGCCAUGAGUGGAGGUAUGGUAGCCGGGCUUGAUGCUGGACUAAUUUACAACACCUUCCCACAUAUGGGUGACGAUUGGAUUCCAAACAAGGGAGAAUUGAUGUCACCAGUAUACUCCAGAAAACCAGACCAGUCCGAUUUAUGGUGGAGAAACCUCCUCGAAAACCCAACUACUGUCCAAUUGGUUCAUCGUAUCUUUGCCACCACCACCUUCUUUGCCAUUUUAGCCGCACACAUGUUUGUCAAUAAGAACAAAACUCUGAUCCCUAAGAAAGCCAAGAUGGUCAUGCACACCACCAUGGGUCUCGCCUUGCUCCAAGUCUCACUCGGUAUCACCACCUUGAUUUACUUGGUUCCUAUUCCGCUCGCCGCCGCCCAUCAAGCCGGUGCGUUGGCAUUGUUGACUGCAUCAUUGGCAUUCUCGGCUAAAUUAAAGAAGCCAAGACCAGAAUUGGUGAGUUACGUCAACAACUACAUGAAAUCACAGUUAUUAAAAUCUAAGAUUUAA